GACAGAGAUCCCGCCCCCUACGUAUUUUCUGUGCGUCUCGUGGUUGAGUCCAGCCUCCUCAGCCGGUGCAUUGAAGGAGAGUGGAGUGUCUUCUAUCCGUCCAAAGCCACUUUUACUGUCCGAGAACACAAAAUAACCCAAGCCCUCAAGAUGUCUGCCGGAAACGCCAAGAUCGGUCAUCCCGCUCCUCAGUUCAAGGUCACUGCAGUGGUGGACGGCCAGUUCAAAGAUGUCCAGCUCUCCGACUACAGAGGAAAGUAUGUGAUUUUGUUCUUCUAUCCUCUGGACUUCACCUUCGUCUGCCCCACCGAGAUCAUCGCCUUCAGCGAUCGCGUGGAAGAGUUCCGUAAGAUCGGCUGCGAGGUCCUCGCUGCCUCCACCGACUCUCACUUCAGUCACCUGGCCUGGAUCAACGCCCCGAGGAAGCAGGGAGGCCUGGGCUCCAUGAACAUCCCUCUGCUGGCCGACCUGACCCAGUCCGUGUCCCGCGACUACGGCGUGCUGAAGGAGGACGAGGGCAUCGCCUACAGAGGGCUGUUUGUGAUCGACGAUAAGGGCAUCCUGAGGCAGAUCACCAUCAACGACCUGCCCGUGGGACGCUCGGUGGACGAGACCCUGCGUCUGGUUCAGGCUUUCCAGCACACCGACAAGUACGGAGAAGUCUGCCCUGCUGGUUGGAAACCUGGAAGUGACACCAUCGUCCCUGACGUUCAGAAGAGCAAGGAGUUCUUCUCCAAGCAGUGAGGCGCUCCUCACGUCUGCCCCGGAGACUCGGACAGCGGGGUACACUGAAGCACUUAAUGCUGAGCUCUGAUUUUUUGGUUUUGUUUUGUUUUUUCUUUCUGCUGUUUAUGAGCCUUAGAGAGUGAAUCCCGACAUUUAACACGACUCCUGUUUCCGUCUGCCGUUACCUCACCUGAAUUUAAGUCUGUUUUUAUUUCCUGUCAUGAAUAAAACAGCAUGCAGUAUUUUGUACUGGCUAACCAUCGAGGCCUGCUGUGUGAACCUUCCUGCUGUGUUAGAAGUGUCCAAUAAAGAUGGUGGUUUAAGAAAAACAA